ACGUCAGUUUAAGAGUUGUUAUUUUGACCAAUACCCAACGAGAGAUACAAAUAGUUUACUUGACUUGCGCGUAUUCUGGAAUCCCCCGCCAUCUUGCAUCAGGAGGGGUUUAAACCACAAAAAAGCAGGAAAGGCAAAAAAUAUACUUAUGUAGCCUUUUUCGGUUUUCGACAACAUUAAUAUUAUAGGGGAAAUGAUAAAAAAAAAUGACCGCGGCUGGAGUUCGCACAUAUAUUUAUUUUAGCUUAGAAUGAUCAAGAGCUAAGUGAGCAGUUCUACUAGAUAACAAGGUUGGGGGAUUUUUCAGCAGAUAAAGUUGUUUUGUUUAUGUUUCUCCUAUUCGGACAUGGAUUCUUCAAACUCAGAUAUGCCAGAUGAGCAUCCUUUGGGACUAGGAGCAGUGGCAACUCCAUCCGGCGGAGCUGUUGUUGCGAAAGGGUCCAACAAGAGACGGGCUGGCUCUGAUUUCGAUGACGAUGAAGGAAGCAAACUGUUCCGAUGUGAUGAUGAUGGAGGUAGUUCAAAUGACAAAGAACGCUUUGCCAGGGAGAACCACAGUGAGAUCGAGCGGCGGCGGCGGAACAAGAUGACGGCGUACAUCACGGAGCUGUCGGACAUGGUGCCCACCUGCAGCGCCCUGGCCCGCAAGCCAGACAAGCUGACCAUUCUGCGCAUGGCUGUCUCCCACAUGAAGUCCCUCCGAGGCGGCAACACCACACCCGACGGCACCUACAAGCCCGCUUUCCUCACAGACCAGGAGCUGAAGCACCUAAUUCUGGAGGCGGCAGACGGGUUUCUGUUUGUAGUGUCGUGCGACUCUGGUCGAGUUGUAUACGUGUCUGACUCUGUGACGCCUGUCCUGAACCAGUCACAGUCUGAUUGGCUGGGCUCCUCUCUCUACGACCAGCUCCACCCAGAUGACAAGGAGAAGCUGGGCGAGCAGCUCUCCACGUCAGAGAACAGCAACAACGGUCGUAUGCUGGAUCUGAAGACGGGGACAGUGAAGAAGGAGGGACAGCAGGCAUCAUCAGCGAGGAUGAGUAUGGGCGCACGACGCUCCUUCAUCUGCAGGAUGAGGAUUGGGGUAUGUCCAGUGGAACCAGUGUCAAUGAACAGACUGAACUUUCUCAGGAGCAGAAACAGGAACGGUCUGGGUCCGGCCAAGGAGGGGGAGCCCCAGUAUGUGGUGGUGCACUGCACUGGAUACAUCAAAUCAUGGCCACCCGCAGGUGUGACGCUCUCUGAUGACGACACAGACAACAAUCAGAACAAACGCUUCUGUCUGGUAGCCAUUGGUAGACUUCAGGUCAACUGUUGCCCCAGUGAGGCCGGUGCCAGCAGCCUCAACGUCCCUGUGGAGUUCAUCUCCCGGCACAACUGCCAGGGUGUGUUCACCUUCGUGGACCACCGCUGCACGACCACCGUGGGCUUCCAGCCUCAGGAACUCCUGGGAAAGAACAUUCUUGAACUGGCCCAUCCAGAAGACCAGGGUUUACUUCGAGACAGUCUGCAGCAGGUGGUGAAGUUGAGAGGGCAGGUGAUGUCUGUGAUGUUUCGGUUCCGCUCGAAAACACACGAGUGGGUCUGGAUGAGAACCAGCUCCUUCACGUUCCAGAACCCCUUCUCGGAGGAGAUUGAGUACAUCAUCUGCACCAAUGCCAAUGUCAAAGCUCCAAAUCAGGACUCCCUCACCCCCCUGUCGUCUCCAGGGGUGGCACUGCCCCUCCCGCUGGGGCAAAACAGCCCUAACUGCCCCCCUGCCCUCAGCCCUGGGCAGGUAUCGGUCAGGCAGCUCCAGCAGCAGCAACAGGCGGAACUCGAGGGGGGAGGGGGCAGAGAGGCUUUAUAUGAUUCUACCCAGGUGGCACAGGUGGCACUGCCACAGGUAUCUGCACAGCCAGUAGGUGUCUCUGUAAAUGGAAACGCCUCCAAUCACAGUAAGCCGCUGGACAAAGGGGAGAUGUACACAGAGCGAGACCCCCACUUCCCUGACCUCUUCACAGAUCAGCCCAAGGCUCUGCCCACCACCUCUGCCCCGGCCGCACAGCAAAUGUUCCCCCAGCCCAACACCUACUCAGCAGCUGGAAGACCCCCCGACCCCUACAGGUCAGUGGGACUCCCCCAGCAGAUGGUGCAGGCCCCCCCCUCAGCUGGCCAGAUGCUGGCCCACAUGUCACGCCAGAGCACACCAGCAGGGGGUGCCCCUAACAUCGCUAGCCCCAAUCAGGCCCAGGCGGGGGCGUUAGGGUGGCAGGGAGCAAGACCCCCCUUCAACACACAGCAGGGGGCAGUGCCCACUGUGAAGUCUCCCCCGUUUGGCAUGGGGGACUUCACCUCUUCGCCUUCCGCCUCCUCCUCUUCCUCGUUCGGGCAGAUGGGCAGCGCCGCCACCCCCAUCCCCUCCAGCGCUGCCACCUACCCCACGCUCAGCUCUUCCAGCACCGUCACCAACGGCUACAGCAAUGGCAGUCAGGCACCAGUGCAGUUCCCCUCCAGGCCAGCAGAGGCAGUGUGGGGCCAGUGGCAGGGCCAGCCUCAAGCCCAGGGCGCCCCUAACCCUCAGGCCAAUCAGACAGAGAUGUUCCCGGAUGUUCUGUCCAUGCUGGAUCAGUCAGGGAACUUUAACGGCGAAGACUUUGGCGAGAUGCCCAUGUUCCCCUCUUUCAAUGAGUGAACCAGUGUUGAAUGUCUUUCCCUCUCUUUCUCAUGCUCUCUCUCUCUCUCUCUCUCUCUCUCUAUCUCUCUCUCUCUCUCUGCAAGUCUGUUUCCUUUCCCUUGUUCUCCUUUGGGAGUGGUGCGCUCUCUCGUUGUUUUUUAUUUUUGUUUUUAUUGUUUUACCAAAUGGAGGCUGAUGAUGGCGGGAGAGCCUAAAGCCAGAGAGAAGGAUGGCGAUGGACCCCGAGGGUGAGCCCAGGUGAUGGCUGACUCUGGAGCAGAUCGGCGCCGGAUCAGGGCCGGAUCAGGACCAGACCAGGACCAGGUUUUUUCUAGGGUCUACUGUGACCUGGGCGGAUGCUCAGGGAAGGACAGUGAGAGUGUGAAGGAAAGUGAUGACUGGACUUUUAGCUGCCAGAACAAUUGCGCACACACACACACAAACACACACACACACACACACACACACACACACACACACACACACACACACACACACACACAGACAAAGUACACACAGUAAGCGCACAAACGCACAACAAAAGCACAAAAUGUCCCACACACUGGUGCACUGCCACUCUAAGAACUACUGCACACUUCCCCAUACACCCACCCACACUCACACACACACCCAUAGUUUUUUGGUUAAUUUUCUAGAUUCAUCCACCCCUUUGCUUCCUCAGGUCUGAGGUCUGAUGGUUUAAGAGGCGACCCACAUUUAAAAAAGAGUAAAGACCUGCCACUCAACUUAAAUGCUGACCCUUGGUGCGCUGUGAGCGUCAGGGUCAGAGGGCAAUGCCCCAAGGGCUGGAACGAAGCGGGAAAUCGACACCCGUCAGCCCAUCUCCGUCUCCUCCUGGCUCUGCCAGUGAGUCACCUUUCAGUCCCAACACAAACAACACAAACACACGCACACACACACGCACACACACACACCCGAUCAUGUUUUAAGAGAGUAUAUCCCGACCCAUUCCUAUGCAUCUCCGCUGCCCUAUGAAUAUUGUAUUGUGUUGUGAUGGAAGGUGAGUGGUUUGUAUGGGCCUCACUCGCACACCUCACUCGCACACGGCAAGCAAACACGCUUCAGUGGUGUGGUUGGAAGUGCGGGCGGACGUUCCUCAGUAACUGGAGAACAGCGGAGGUCAUCAGUCCCACGCAUCCACUUGGCCACUCCUAAAGGACAUAAAUAAGUCGAUAUAUGGAUAGACUGAACUGGGGAUGCGCUGUGGACUGGGUGGGUUUGCCUGCUUGCACAAGCAGGUGUGUUUUUGCUUAGACGCUGUUAAGACCGUCGUUCACUUCAGUCACUUUCACUUCCCGAGUCCUCCCGUUGCCUGGAGCGACCAGCUGCACUCUUCAUCUCCUCUCUCCACUUGUGUGUGAAAGUUUUUUUUUUUUUUUGUUCUUUUCAAAUCAUCUAGAGAUUGCAAUCACGUUUAUUGUUAAUGAAAAAGAAAUAUUGAAGAGAGAGGAAAAACUGAAAGCAAUAAUCAUGUUCAGGAAUUUCGUACUUUCAAGCCAUUCUGUGUUGGUGUUUGUAACGGUAGCGGUGUUACAGGAUCAUUUUAUUUUUAAAUCGUGGACUAGAUGAGGCAAAUGUCGAAAAACUGAAAAAGAAAAAAAAGAUGGUAUUCUCAGGUUUCUUUGGCCUUUGGUUGUCCUCUCCUCCCCUCCUCAUAAAGCCUCCGACAGGGGAGGGGGGGGUCCUUUGGUGCUCACUCCCCACUCACAACCCAGUCCCGGUCAAGUGAGGGGAACCGCGUUUACCUUUCACCUUAGCAUCCCGGAGAACGGCUGGUUCUGGAGCGGAUCCUAACCAGAUCAUGGUUGGACCUGUGCCAGAACCCACUACUAUCUGGGCUAGAAAAACAAAUAUUUAUUGAAGUAGAGAUUGGGUCUAUUUUUUAUUUUAAUUUUUUAGGCAAGAUUAGUGUCUUUUUGUCUCAGGCAUGUAGUCAUCCUGUAAAAUAAUGUAAGUGGGUUGAACUAUUCAAAUUGGCUUUGGUUUAGCUGCAGUGGGUUCUCCAAAUUGGCCUUCAAGACAUCCUAUAUUGCUUUUUUCCUAAGCGAGUGGUCAGAGCACGCAGGACGUUAGCGAUAGCUCUGCAGUAUUAGUGAUUUGCCAUGCUAAGGCACUGCAGUGGUGUCUGCCAGGCACGCCACGGAGAAGAGUGCUUCGUAAAUGCUCAGCAGGGCCUGUUUUACACACAAGCAGGGAGCCCGCAAUCCAAAGGCUUGAAAGAUCCUAUCAUGUCAAAUGUGUUUUUUGUUUUUGUUUGUUUUUUAAUUGUAGAUGACAUUUUGAUUGGAACCCUUUUCAUUUGUGUGUGUGUGUGUGUGUGUAAUGAUGUCUGCACAUAUUUGAAGGAGACCAUCUCUCUCAUAGAUGUCAACACAUGUAUGUUACAUACAAGUACACCCACCUGUCUCUAGUACUUUUCCAGUUUUAACAGGGCGAUAUUUGUCGUCUUGCUGAUUUUAAACCACUUUGGUUUCCCCUUGUCCAGGUUUUUACAAUGAUGUGAAUUGCAGUUUAUAUAUUUCACUUAGAUACACAAAUAUAUGAAAAUAUAUGUAUAUGAAAUGUUAAACAAAAGAAAAAGAAUGUUGUUUGUUUUCUUUUUUGUAUUAAAUCAUUACAUUGUUAAAAAAGUGCCUUAUUUUAAUCAUGGCUAUAACGUCAGCUCCUUCUACUCAUCUGAUUGGCAAUGGCAGUACUACCAGAAUGGAAAGGCUGAGUAAGUUGUAAAAGAGGAAGACCAUAACAGGCAGGUCAGGGGGGGUAGAGUUUUCAAGCUGGGCUCAGGGCUCCCUCCGAGGCAUCCUCUGCCUGGCAGUGUUGUAUCUGUUUCCCCUGCCUUCCUCUGGUGUCCAUCCGCAAGGUAAUGGACACACAUCUGCUUUAUGCGCAUGGGAUCAGCUUGCCCGGGUUGGCGCUCCUCUGCCCCGCUGGCGCUGUGUGUCUCCAGCAGACGCAGUGAUCUCUGUUAAAUUGAGGGGGGAUCGGUUUACUCCCUCACAGCUCGUCCCGUUUCACUCAGCCAGUUCAUGCCAAACUGAGCAGAAAGCAAUCUGUCCACGGGGUUUGUUUGGAUUGGGCCUUGUGUAAGGCAUGUUGCUGCGUGUUGAUCACAUGCUUAAUGUGCCUGUCAAUGCCUGAGAGUGCAAUAGAAUUUGUUAUUUCAUGUUUUCACUUCAGUUUGAGUACAACUUGACAUAUAGAGACAUUUUCUAAUCAUGUUUUUAGUGAAGGUUUUUUGGUCAAAUCCCACUCUGCCAGGUUUUUGUUGGCCUCUUAUAUUGUCUUUAGGUGGCACUUGAGGAGAGGAGAGGACCUAUUUUGUUUGUUUUUUCCUGGUGGAUUAGAGUCCGCUGUCAGUGCUCAAAGCCACAGGUUCCCCUCUGAUGAUGACGUUUAAAGAAAAACAACAGAAGUCUGACUGCACACCCCAAUUUAAUUUCUUCUGUAUUUAUUAUGCAAUGCUUUGUUGAUUUAGAUGAGUUUGCCCGAUGAAGACUUUCUAGGUUAAUGAUAAGGAGUGCAGGUCAGUGUAUGUCCUGAGGUAAGGCUGACCCACAGCAUCAAGAGACCCUACAGGGUGUCCUAAUCCCUUAUACGGUAUGAUUGUUACCAAACUCCUGCUUAAAUAUUGAUGGUGGACACAGGUGCCAAGUGUAGUUGUGUGUGUCUUUAAGGGCGGAGAGUGGUUUUGGUGGAGAGCGACAUGCUUGGGGCUGUUAUCCGAGCGGAAGGAACUGUGCAAGAGAGAGAACACCUGGCGUGGUCAGGUGAAACUGAGACGGCCGGCCUGGGCAGCUUCACAAAAAAAGGGGUUGUGGAAGAAGAGAGGCGACAAAAGUGCACACAAAAACUAAGACCAAGGUUGGAAAGCAAGAAGGAGAAAGGGAAAAUUGGUGAAUUUUUCUCUGUGUUGGGGUGGGUUUUUUUUGGACAUUAUUAUUCACCAAAGAAGAACCAAAGGUUUCCAACUCCCGUUUGCAGAGAACCUCAAGCGUCUCCUGAGCCUCCGCACUCAAGUCCUGUGGUGGGUGAGGAUGGACCAGCCCACACUCCCUGUAUCCUGGCUGGAGGUGGACGUGGAUCUGGGGUUUGCGCUGUUCUUCUUCUUCCUCCUCUGCUUCUUUCUUUUGGUGACCAUGGUGCGCUGCAUCCAGAUGGUCUUGGACCCCUACAGUUCCAUAUCUGUGGCCACCUACCAGGAAGAACAGGCGGAAGAGGGAUGAGGGGGAAGGAGGAAAUCAGUGGUUAGGGGACAUAGUGGCACCAGAAUGUGACAUAAGAUAACAAGUUGGCCAUUUGUGGUAUGGGGGACAAGAGUUAACCUUGUAACUUCAUUUUCUGAUGGAUGACGGAUCCCAUCCAAAAGAACAGUUCAUCAUUGCCAUGUAACAAUGUGAUUUUUUUGGUGAACAAGUCUAUGAUAAUGACUUGAUUUCAAGAGAUUCAAAGGGUCCGGAAAUUGCUAGGGUCCUAGUUUUGUUCACACGGAUCUAAAAGCAGUCAUGUUGUGGACUGAGAGGAAAAUGUGUGCCCUUUGUGAUCUAUCAAAGUUAGCAGAAACUCAGUUUGCUGUAAAAAAAAAAAAAAAAAAACGAUCUUGGAGCAAAUAUUGUAGCACACGAGAUCGUUUAAGUGACAUGAGGGGCUACAGAAGGGAUUGCGUAUAACGAACUCUGUUGUGCGAAUUUAUUUGAGUGCACCUCUAAUUUACUGAACCAGGUAAUUGAAUGAAUCAGCUUUACUACCAGGGUCUGCUCGUAUUGCUGAAGCACGUGCACAGAACACCAUCACUGGAAGAUGGUAGACACUCAGAAAAGGGAUGGUAAAAUUCACCACUAAAAGUGAAAUUACACAUAACGGGACCUAAAUUAUUCCCGGAGAUUGUACAAUUUCACAUGGUGAAAAUCGAGCUACUUGAAUGGCCGAAGAGUUUGUUCGUGUUUCAAAGUAAUCACGAAAUCAAAGUGCUGUGCUCUAUACAAGAGAAAAGUAUUCAUAAAUCAACAUUUUUAGUUCUCAUACCAUACCACCAGUUUUUCCAUCUGUCUCAGCCACCCAUCACACGUUUAUUGGUCGUUCGUUAUAGCGUAAGAUUGCACGGAGCACAGCUGACCUCUGUAGGACUAAAAGCGGUGAAGGCAGCCGUCUUUCGCAAUUGAUUUUUUUGGACAGCGUAGGCUAGAAAAUGACUCCUAUGCUUUUCAUAAUUUAGUUCACGAAUAGACAUUCAGUAUCCAUAUGAAGUACAGCUUUAACACAAUUUUAGUCCCUGAAUAGGUUACGUAGGGAUACAAGUAAAAUGAGCCUUUAACUUUUCAAUGUCUAUACCUUAAAGUAAAUUGUCCAAACAUAAACCAUCAGAAUAUUUUUUUUUAAUAUGCUAUUUAUGUGGUUGUCUUUUAUCUUUGUGCAAAGUUUUAUAAUGAUUGGAUGGCAGGAAGUAGGCCUAUGGGCUGCUAUGCAUUGUUUUCAAUUUACACAUCUCCAAGUUCAGGAUUGAUUUUCUCCUAACUUGGUUUUCUGCUAGAUGAUGGCACCUUAAACAUUUUCACUAUUUUGUCUGGAUUGGCUCCACAACAUUUUACAAAUAACCCCUUCUUUAAAGACAAUUAGCUGUAUAUUUAGAAUAUCCAUUAAAACAUUUCAUUUUUUGUAACACUGGUCUGAUCUUGUCUGAUAUACCGAGAUGCUUACUGAGUUGCGAUACUAGAGGAAUAAAUGUGUAGUAAAAAUGGCAAUAAAAAGUUAAUUUAUGAUUUGUUGUCUGCUUAAGGAGAACCAAAUAAAUAAAAUCAAACUAUCUGUUCUGUA